AUGACUACCGACUACGCUAAGAAGACCAACGCCGAGCUGAUUGAGAUACUCAAGUCUCGCAGUCUCCCCCAUACCGGCAAGAAAGCAGAGAUGGUCGCCCGUUUGCAAGAGGAUGAUACGAAGAGCGCCUCUGCGCCCGCCGCCGCAGAGGACGUGAUCGACUGGGAGGAUGACGAGGUUUCUGCGGAGGGCGCUGCGCCUGCGAUACCCGCGGAAACUACAGCGCCUGUGGAGGAGAGCGCUUCCGCGGCCGAAGAAACAAAGGCAGAGGAUGCUCCCGCUGCGGACGCCAGCCAGGAAGGAUCAGAGGGAACGAUCACCGGAACAACAGAGCCUGAAGCUCAGCCAGAGGAGAAACCGGCUCAUAACUACUCAAUUGGACUGUCUGUGACUGAUCUGGAGGAGGAACUGAAGAAGCGCAAGGCCCGCGCCGAAAAGUUUGGUAUCACCGAGGAAAGCAAGGCUGCUAUUGACGAUGCGGAGAAGAAGCUUGAGCGUGCCAAGCGCUUUGGAGCUGAGACUGUUUCUGAAACGACCGAUGCUGCCGCCAUUAGUCGACUUGACCAGGCUCUUCCGGAAAGAUCGCGCAAGAGAGGUCGCGGUGAGAAUGACCAGGGAUCCCGAGGAGGAAAGAAGCGAAACUUUAACGGACGAAACAAUCAGCGUCAACGCGGAAAGGGAGGAAACCGGAACCAGGGACAGAAUCAAGGACCGGCCCAGGGACAAACCCAGAAGCGCAGCACAAAUAGCGCCGCGAAUGGGUGGAGUGAGAAGGAUAAAGCGGCCAUGGAGGCGCGGAAGAAGCGCUUCGCCGCGUGA